AUGUAUUAUCGUUCGCAUGUUGACCAUUUUCAACGUCAAUAUGGUCAAUUAACUCAUUCUCAAUUAUUAUAUAAAUUGAAAAAUUCAUCCUACAUUACAAAGCGUUUAAAACGGGAAACAAUAGAAUUAGAAGUUCAUCAUGGAUGUGUAAAUACUCUGUGUUGGAACGAUAGAGGUUCAGUAAUACUUAGUGGUAGUGAUGAUCAACAGUUAAUUGUCACCGAUCCAUUUUCAUGUACAAUUCGUAAAAGUGUACAUAGUGGACAUCGAGAAAAUAUAUUCUCAGCAAAAUUUUUACCAGAAACAAAUGAUAUGGGUGUUGUAUCGUGUUCAGGUGACGGACAAAUUUUCCAUACGGAUUUAACACGUGCACCAUCUUCACCGACGAUAUCGCGCAACUGUCCACCACCACAUCGUGAUCCAUCACAGCCAACACGCGAAGGAUGUUUUAAUUGUCAUGGUUCGACGACAUGUUACGAAAUCCGAGUUAUACCACAGACACCAAAUUUAUUCUUUUCAUGCUCAGAAGAUUGUACUGUGCGAUUAUUUGAUUUAAGAACAAAAUCAAAUUGUUUAAAAUCGCUUUGUUAUGAUGAUAUACUUAUCAGAAGUAAAUGGGCCAUAACAUCAAUGGAUAUUAAUCCAUUCAACCCAAAUGAAAUUGUUUGCGCUUGCUCGGACUCGUCAGUUCGUUUAUAUGAUCAUCGAAAGUUAUCAACAGGUAGUUUUCAAUCAGAAACUAAACAACAAUUGAGAUCACGUGGUAAAAGUACCGAAGUGAGUAUAAAUGGUCUCGUGGGACGAUUUCUACUCAAUGAACCGACUGAACCUCGCCCACGCAGAAUUACGUCUGUUGUUUAUAAUCGUUAUGGUACUGAAAUAUUAGCAUCCUAUUCGACUGAAUCAUUGUAUCUGAUUGAUCCCAAAAAUUUUACCUCACAAGCGAAACAGAAAGAACAAUUAUCCAUACAUCAACAGGAAAAGAAACAACAACGUAGUAAUAAACAUUCAUCGACACCGAUUUCUACUCGAGCUACUCGACAAUCACCACCAAAAGAAGCAUCAAGUGCUACCAGAACAAGACCGUCCGCAUCAUCCAAUGAACAACGUGGAGCAUCGCAUUUUAAGCGUUUGAGAUUAAGAGGUGAUUGGUCUGAUACGGGUCCUGAAUCACGUCCACAGGUAGAAAAUGAUACUCUAGAAACAGAAAAUGAACAACAACAUCAGGAACGAACAACCGAGACAAAUAGUGGCAACAGUGAACAGCAACAACCACAAAGACGAAACUUGCAAAAUUAUUUAAUGCAACGAAUGUCGGAUAUAUUAACUCAACUUGUAUCACGAACGACAACAAGUCAGGAUGAUGAACAAUCUGCUCCUAAUCAAGAAGUAAGCAACAACAACAGUGAAGAAAGCACAGUGAAUCAAAAUACAGUUGAAACGUCGUCUCAAGUCACUCAAUCGGUUUCAAUGGAAGAUGACCAAGCCAACAAUGAGAAACCAUCAUCUUCGUCAAUUGACGAGCAAUCCGACGAUUUUUUUGAUUCAUCUGAAAAUGCAGGUCAGUUUACAACAACAAAACCGAUAGAAUCCAUGGAUGUUGAACAAGAACAUCAUUCUGAAACAUCUCUACCAUCAACAGAAAUGGUUACUCAACCCUUCUCACAGUCACCUCGUCGACCAUCAAAUGAACAUCCAAUAGUCAAUAGUCCAUCCUCCAGCCUCAACGUUACUACUGAUGAAACAUCAAUAAAUGUCAACAACAAUAACAGAGAAGAAGUAGAAAAUGAAGAUGAAACAUCACGUGAAACAUAUUCAGUAAUUUUUCAUGAGGAUGAUUUUGAUGAAGAUGAAAGUGAUGAAAAUGACUCAGAAGAGGAUGAGGAUGACAAUGAGGAUGAUGAACGGAAACGAAGCAUUAGGGGCGAAAGUACAAAUCGUCAAGAAUCGGCAAAUGAAGCAGCAAGUGCUUCCGCUGAACAACAGCCACGUCGUCGUCCACGUCCGAAUAUGAUCGAAAAAUUUGAUCGUAUAAUGAAAAAACGUGAACUUGAUCGAAAAAAUGAAGAAGACAUGUUAAAAGAUAUACCAAGUCCAACAUUAAUUAAUUCUUACGAUGGUCAUCGAAAUGCACGAACAAUGAUUAAAGAAUGUAAUUUUUGGGGUGAUCGACAUGUAAUGUCAGGAUCUGAUUGUGGUCAUAUAUUUAUUUGGGAUAAAGAGACUAGUCGUAUUGUUCGAAUAAUUGUAGCUGAUCGUCAUGUUGUUAACUGUCUUCAACCUCAUCCUCUUAAUUAUCCUAUAUUAGCAUCAAGUGGAAUUGAUUAUGACAUCAAAUUAUGGUCCCCAUUACUCGAACAUGCUGCUGAUGAACAAGACAUUAUAAAUCAAACAAUAAAACGUAAUUCAUUAAUGUUGGAAGAAACAAGUUCAACCAUAACUGUACCGGCAACAUUCAUGUUGAGAAUGUUAACAAACUUCUAUCGUUUUAGGAGGACAGAUGAUGAAUAA